AUGAAGAACAACCUCACAUAUCAGGAAGGGAGCAAUAAUAACCAAUCCAACACAAAAAAAUCGAACCCCAAUCUAGGACAAAGGAGCAGAACGAGUAUUAGCGACAAUAAUCGAAAAGAAAAGAUCCUCAAUGGAAUAGCCGAAAGGGAUAGACGCAGUAGAUUAUCUAACAGGAGCCAAAUAAAUCAACUGGAAAGAAGGAAGAACCAACCUAACUUUCAAAUAGGAGCUGGCACGAAUCAAGUGACGAGACACUCCCUAUACCUCCUUAUCAAGUAUCAUACAUUCAUAAGCAAAGAACAAUCCGAAAGGGAACAAAGAUAUUUCUGA